AUGGGAGCAUUUGUCUGCAUUACAACCAUCGUCCGAACCACAACACUUGCGAAAUCUGCCCAUGAUAAGGACCCGACUAGCGGUCCUAUCCCAGCUACUAUUUGGAGUGUGGUUGAAGCCAACACUGGUAUCAUCUGCACCUGUCUACCUGUCUUCAAACAUCCGAUCCAGUUCUUUUUCCCGCGGCUUUUCGCCUCUCAGCAAAGCACCAAUGUGUCCGGUCCACCAACACACCGUCACGGCCCAUAUACCAGUGGGCCAUCCAAAAGAACUCGCUCCAGCUCCGACAAUGUUUUAUUGGAGGAUGACUUGGAGAUGACAAACGCAGAGGGCUAUAAGACCGAUCAAAGUGGAAGAAUCUUGACGGUGACAAAUAUACAUAUCUCCUAUCAGCAUGAUCAAGACUCGGAUGGAUCAACCCGACCGAUCCACAAGGAUUAUUGA